UAUUCAUCUCAACUUGAAACCUGAUGGUUCUGAUCUUUGCAAGGUGAUUCAAGACUUCUUCAUCGUAAAAAUAGCUCAUACACUUGUAGCUAGUGUUAUUUAUUAGCUGUGCAUGGUUUUGCAUUUCUUCUUCUUCUUCUUUAUGUUCGCUUACAAACCAAAACCCACACCAAAACCUCUUCUGUGUCUUCCUCAGCAGCUUUCUUCUCUCGACCAAAUCAAACAAUCCCACGCCCAAAUCAUCGUCCUCGGCCAGACCAACAAUGGCAAACUCAUGUCCCACCUUCUCGCUUCUCUCGCUCUAUCUCAAUCCGCCCUAGCACUCCACUAUUCCCUCGCCAUUUACCGAUCCUUCACUCACCCUUCUGUUUUCGUCACCAAUAACAUGAUCCGCUGCUUCGCCAAGAGCGAAUCCCCCCGCCAAACCAUCACUCUCUACUCGUUGAUUCUCCGAAAGAUCGACGCCAAACCCAACAACCACACUUUCACUUUCGUGUUUCAGGCUUGUUGCAAGGCCUUGGCUUUGUUUGAAGGAGCUCAGAUUCAUGCCCAUGUCGUGAAACUUGGUUUUGGUUGCGAUGUUUUCAUUAGGAACGCUUUGAUUAACUUCUACUAUGGUUCUUGUGGACUGGAAUGUUCGAGACGAGUGUUUGAGGAGAAUUCCCACGUCAGGGAUUUGGUUACUUGGAAUACUAUGUUGGCUUGCUUUGUGAGAGAUGGGCAGAUUGGUGUUGCGGAGAAUAUGUUUGAUGAAAUGCCCGAAAGAGAUGUUGUUUCGUGGAGUACGAUGGUGAUGGGUUAUGUUCAAAAUGGGUACCUAGAAGAAGCGUUGGACUGCUUUCGGGCUGUGACAAAUACAGGACUCAGGUUGAAUGAGGCAAUAUUGGUGUCGGUUCUCUCGGUUUCAGCACAAUUGGGCUUGCUUGAUCGUGGCAAGUUAGUUCAUUCGCUCGUGUAUUCGAUGAAUUUUCCAAUUACCGCUUCGCUUGGAACGUCACUAAUAGACAUGUACGCGAAAUGUGGAUGCAUUGAAGAGUCUAAGCUGUUGUUCGACAGUAUGCGCCGGAAAGAAGUUUGGACAUGGAAUGUUAUGAUCUGCGGUUUGGCUGCACAUGGACUUGCUAAAGAAGCGCUCAAGCUCUUUGAAGAGUUCAUAGACAAAGGAUUCGCCCCUGCAAGCGUGACUUUCGUUGGGGUUUUGAGUGGCUGCAGCCGAGCGGGGGUGGUAAGAGAGGGAAGGCAUUAUUUUAAGUUAAUGAGGGAGAGUUACGGGAUUGAGCCUGAAAUGGAGCACUAUGGAUGCAUGGUUGAUCUCUUGAGUCGCUCUGGGCUUGUUGAUGAAGCCAUCGACUUGAUUGAAAAUAUGAAAAUUUCACCAGACCCCGUUUUGUGGGCAACAGUGCUUGGUGCUUGCAAGCUUCAUGGACAUAUAGAAUUGGGAGAAAAGAUUGGUAAGAAGUUGAUACAAUUGGAUCCAAACCAUGGAGGGCAUUACGUGCAAUUAUCCGGUGUAUAUGCUAAAGCAAGAAAAUGGGAAGAAGUUGUUAGAGUUCGGAGGUUAAUGUCUGAGAGAAACACCAAUAAAGCUGUUGGUUGGAGCUUGAUAGAAGCUCAGGGGAAAGUUCACAAAUUUGUCGCAGGUGAUAGAGACCAUGAACGUGUUGCGGAAAUAUACAAAAUGCUUGAACUGAUCACAACUCUAGUAGCCAAAACUGGCUACACUCCGAACAUUUCAUCUGUUUUGCAUGACAUAGGGGAAGAAGAAAAAGAGACCGUGAUAAUAGAACAUAGUGAGAGGCUGGCAAUUGCUUAUGGAUUGUUGGUAACCGGGGUUGGGGACUGCAUUCGAGUUGUGAAGAAUUUAAGAGUUUGUGAGGAUUGUCAUGAGGUGACGAAGAUUAUCUCAAAGGUGUUUGAGAGAGAGAUUAUAGUGAGGGAUGGGAGCAGAUUUCAUCAUUUUAAGGAGGGUAAAUGUUCUUGUCAUGAUUUUUGGUAGAUUUUGCUGAGUUUUUAUGUUUCUGGUCAUGAAUUUACUCGUACGUAAACAGUGGUUUCAAUUUA